AUGGCCUCCUCCUCAUCGCCAUUGCCCUACUUGCUUGCCCCUUCAUCACUGUCAUUGUCGCUGCCAUCAUCACUCAUGUUAUCGUCACAUGUGCUUUCAUCCAACUAUGAUGAAGAGACUGACACCAACUUGCAUGACUAUGACAACAACGAUGAGGAGCCCGAGAAGGAUGAUGAUGGUGACAAGGGCCAUGAAAAUGAGGAUCCCGAGAAGGUGGGGCCCGAGGAGGAGGAGGGAGACGAGGACAAUGACUACAAGGAGGAUAAGACUGAUGUGGACAUGCUUGAGGAAGAUGGGGACUCUAACGAUAGGGAGUACGACAACAAGGAGGACUAUUGGGAGGAGAUCGAUAGCUCGCAUUGGUCCUAG